UUUGGUCAAUUUUACUGUUUUGAGCACACCAUGGGUGAUGGGAGCAUCUUCCCAGCCAAGCAAUUUCAAUGAUUUCAACUUGCUUUGGCUAAAGUUGAAGCCCGUUUCAGUUUUGCAUGGGCCUUAGUCUUACUAACUAGGUACUGGAUAAAAUCAGCUGGCGACGCACGAUAGCUAUGUUAUUUAUUGAUAUAAAUAAGGUAGGAGAUUGACAGGAACAUGAACACGUAAAAUGGCACUCGUAGAAAAUUAAAGGAUAUUUAGUUAUUUGUAUCUGGCAUUGAUAUAUAACAAGCUCUGGUAGUGCCACCAUACUGUGUCAGCUGGCGAGUUUUCCAGAAAAUAGUACGGCCCGUUCUGCCCUGAAAUGGCUGCCCUCCCACAGAAACGUUUCUACAGACAAAGGGCUCACUCGAACCCAAUAGCUGACCACUGCUUUGACUAUCCAGUGUCUCCAGAUGCCAUGGACUGGUCGCCAUACUUUCCACACUAUUUUGGCAAGGACUGCACUGCCAGUGACCAGGCGGAAAAGCAACAACAUCUGGUGCGGUUCGCCGACAUUGGGUGUGGAUAUGGCGGACUGCUAGUUCGGCUGUCGACCAUGUUUCCCGAGGUGCUGAUGCUGGGGAUGGAGAUCCGCGUCAAAGUGUCCGACUACGUCUCAGACCGGAUCACGGCUCUGCGGGCCCAGCACCCGGGCCAGUACCAGAACGUGGCCUGCCUCCGCUCCAACGCCAUGAAGUACCUCCCCAACUUCUUCAGAAAGGGACAGCUGACCAAGAUGUUCUUCCUGUUCCCCGACCCACACUUCAAGAAGGCCAAGCACAAGUGGCGCAUCAUCAGCCCGACUCUACUCAGUGAAUACGCCUACGCUCUGCAGGAAGGGGGUAUCGUGUACACCGUGACGGACGUUAAGGACCUGCACGAGUGGAUGGCCAAGCACCUGGAGGAGCACCCCCUCUUCCAGAGGAUUUCUGACGAGGAACUGAGCGGCGACCCGGUGGUGCCCCAGCUGUACGACAGCUCCGAGGAGGGUCAGAAGGUGACCAGAAACAGCGGCGACAAGUUCCUGGCCGUCUUCCGGCGUAUCCCGGAUCCGUACUCUGAAAACAGCUGACGGCCGACACCAGCGGGCGCCAGCACAGUGUACGCUUCGGACGGUGCUGACGGGGGCGCUGCUGUCCCGGACCCUGACUCGGGAAACAGCUGACGGCCUGUACCGGGGCGGCAGCACAGUCGGCGCUCCGGACUGAAGGGAGCGCUGCUGUCCACUGCGAUUACAGGGACCGAUGUGCCGCUGUGUUGUACGCGACUUGUUUUACGCACUGUUUGAUGUGCAUCCUGUUCAUAUUGACUUUGUUGACAUGUGGGAACGAUAAGAAAAUAUUCAUUUGAA